AAGACGCAUCAAACACACAACUAUUUCAAGAAGUUCGUGAAACGUCUCGAGGACGUUGAAACGCUUAUAGAACGUUCAUUAGUGUCGGUUAUUCGAGGGCCUUAAAACGUUUAGAGAACAUUUUGUGUUACCCGGAGAGCGGAGUGAAUACUGGAUGGAGGAGAGGAAUGCCACUUCUAUCUUUUAGAAUAUAAUGUUUUGGUGAAAGUGAUUAAAGAACUACAGAUAGUGUAAGUACGUUCAUGCUCUUGGCACAAUGUUCUACGUGACCCAGAAUGAAACGGGGACCGCUAAUGAGACGAAUGCCACUUUAUCCUGGACUUGGGCUCCGUUGGCCUGGGAAUGGUGGGAGGUCCUCCAACUGCUUCUGGCCCUGGCUGGCAUCGUCGGAAACUUCCUAGUGAUGGUGGUUCUCUUCCGGGUCAGGCGGUCGCGUUGCUCGACCGAUACCCUGAUCGCUGGGCUAGCUCUGGCCGAUUUUCUGACCUCGGUGUUCAUCAUACCGCACAGGCAGGUGGAGACGCUGCCAGAUACCACAUCCGCGCAGCUCUACUGUCGAAUCAUCCACUCCUCGUUCUUCAUGUGGGUCACCAUCUCAGCGUCCAUCUUUACGCUGACCACCAUCUCGAUUGAGAGGCUUGUAGCGGUCGUUCGACCGUUCCAGUUCAAACGCAUCUUCUCACCGGAGAGGACGUUGGUGAUCGUCGCUGGUAUCUGGCUCGUGUCCUUUCUACUCAACUUUGUGAUCAUAUUCGUCGUCUAUUUCGAAGACGGCUCCUGCGUGUUCGGUUAUACAUCGGUUUGGCACGGCAAACUCACGGGGAUCAUCGUCUUCUUAUUCGAGUUCCUCUUCCCCGUCGUCACCAUGCUGGUCGCCCACGUGUUCACUGUCAGGGCUCUUCGCCGAAGCUCGCACACCAACGCCAGUAGCGAAACCAAUAAUUUUAUCCUCCAAGCCCGGCGGAAGAUCACACGAAUGCUCCUGGAGGUCAUCAUCGUCUUCAUCAUCUCAUGGACACCCGAUCAGGUAUUCUACUUCGCAAUCAACGUCGGGCUCGUCGAGGCCAGCAAUCUAUAUAGCCCUUUCUACCGGUCCUUUGUCGUCCUCGCCUUCGUCAACUCCUGCGUCAACCCGGUGAUCUAUGCCGCGAGGAAUCCGAACUUCAGGAAAGCGCUCAUGGAGCUUUGUGGAUCUGUCCGUAGUCUUCGGCCCAUCUUUGCUGGCAUGGAGACCAGAGAUAGCCAAAUGAGGAUGCUUGAUGGGGAGACAGCAUCAGGUUCGAAUGCGGACAUUUCACCAAAUAGAAAUUGAAGAGGCAUCCUGCUAAUGUUUCAUACCCGAAUCCUCUGAAUUCAUCUUCUCCAAAAUGUCUCAGUCUGUACUCAACGGCUGUGAAGUAUUAUUUAACAACAUGUAUUCUGAAGAUGAAAUCGGCAAACCUUUUUCCUUACCCCCGUUUACUUUCAGCUAGGAAACUGAUUGUUGAGGAAAUUGGAUUUGUGUUG